UGCGCGUCUUCGGUCAUUGUGCCUGCUACGAUGGGAGGGGGUUUAACGGGAUCUUUAACACGCCCGAGUGAUUAUCUGCUGCUUCUGAAGAUGGGAUUUCUUCUAGAAUGGACUGAAAACAAUUGCACCAGGUGUAUGGGAAGCGGGGGCCGAUGUGGAUUCAACGAGACUUCACAAUUUGUGUGUUUUUGCCCCGAUCGGCCCCAUUCUGUAGCUUGCCGUCAUGGUGGAAAGACAGACAAGAAGAAGAAGAUCAUUGACAUUCUCAUAGGUAUAUCCAAAGGAGCCGGGUGUUUCAUUCUAGCAGGCUUGCUCUUCUUGCUCAUUCGAGCCAAAUCUUCUAGCUUGUCAAGAAGAAAUUGGAUGACGAAAACCGACAAUGCUGGUGACGUUAGUGACGUCGAAGAGUCCUUAGAAAUCUGUGGAACCUUUGCUCUAAGAAGAUACACCUAUUCAGAUCUCAAGAAGAUUACCGAUUCAUUCAAGGAAAAUUUAGGCCAAGGAGGGUAUGGUGGUGUGUUCAAAGGGAUACUACCGGAUGGCCGUCUUGUGGCCGUGAAGGUCCUGAAUGAAUCCAAGGGUAACGGAGAAUAUUUCAUUAACGAGGUCUCCAGCAUCGGUAGGACUUACCAUGUGAAUAUCGUCUCUCUCCUAGGUUUCUGUUCAGAGGGAUCUAAAAGAGCACUCAUCUAUGAGUUCAUGCCAAAUGGAUCUCUAGAAAAAUUCAUCUACACUGAGAAACCAAGACAAUCACAUCCCUUGGGGUGGGAAAAACUCUACCAAAUUGCAAUUGGUGUUGCCCGAGGACUAGAGUACUUGCAUCGUGGUUGCAACACACGCAUUCUACAUUUCGACAUAAAACCACAUAACAUUCUUCUAGAUAAAGAUUUCCGCCCCAAGAUCUCAGAUUUUGGAUUAGCAAAGCUGUGCCCCACACAAAACAGUACUGUAUCUAUGUUGGGUACCAGGGGGACCGUUGGAUAUAUUGCCCCUGAAGUAUUCUGUAGAAAUAUUGGAGGUGUUUCCUACAAGUCAGAUGUUUAUAGCUAUGGUAUGAUGGUACUGGAAAUGGUUGGAGGAAGAAAGAACAUUGAUCCGCAUGUGGAGAGCAGCAGCGAGGUAUAUUUUCCUCAUUGGAUAUACAAGCGUCUCACUACAAACAGGCAUCUUGAUCAAGAUGGAUAUCUAGGUUUACAUGGAAUUGCAACAAAAGUUGAAGAAGAAACAGCAAGGAAGAUGGUGUUAGUUGGUUUAUGGUGCAUCCAAACCAACCCGACAGAUCGGCCCUCAAUGAGUAAGGUGGUGGAGAUGCUGGAAGGAAGCCUUGAUGGCUUGCAAAUGCCACCCCGGCCAUUUCUAUCCUCUUCUCCAUGAUCAUAACAAGUUCUGAGACUUCAAUAUCAUACGAGAAUUUCUUUCACAAUUGCUUGAUGAAAACAAAACAAUAUAUAUUUUAGCCGAUGCAUCAUAUUACAAAGAAAAAUUGCAUUUGUCAAAUGCAUUAGUCACUAGCAUUAGAUGUGGUAGAUAAA